AAUUUCCUAAAUCCAUAAAAAUCUAUGAACUUUUUAAAAUCCAAAAAAAACAAAUAAAGUCCCUAACCAAUACACCCCUCUAAAUUUUAUUCUUAAUUGUAUUUCUCCAUUGCGUAUCAUGUCAAGAAUUUCCAAGAGCAUAGAAAGCCGGUGACCGCCGCUUGCCACUGGCCCACUGAUUCAAGAUAAUCUUCUUCCCGCUCCAUCUCUUGAGAAAAUCCACCCCAUUAAACCUCAAAUAAAUAAAACAAAAAGAUUUCAAAUGUGUUGCCGAAACACAGAGUCGGGGCUAUGGCUAUGCUUUUAGCCACUACGCUCCCGGCAGAGCCGUCCACCGUCCAGCUCCACCGCCAUGACCAACGAGUCCUCCACAUUUUAACGCAAUCCGUCACCGUUCCUCUCCCUCACCUCAAACAAAUACACGCCAAAAUCCUUCGCACCGCUCCGCAGCUCCACCACACUCCCCAAUCUGUCUAUCUCUACAGCAGGCUGCUCUACUUUUCCGCCUUGCAAGACCUAAUCUACACACUGCGACUCUUCCACAACAUUCCAAACCCUAACACGUUCAUCUACAACACUCUAAUUAGAGCUUACGCUCACAGCAAACUCCAUAAAAACCGAGCUUUUUGCGUGUUCCAGGAACUCCUUCUACAAGAGGCUUUGCUUCCUGAUAAGCAUACGUUCCCCUUUGUGCUUAAAGCUUGCGCGCAUUCAUUCAAUUUGAUCGAGGGGAAACAAACUCACGCUCAAGUUGUUAAACGUGGUUGCGCCUCAGAUGUGUACGUGAGCAACAGUUUGAUUCAUUUUUACGCCUCGUGUGGUCUCCCGGAGAAUGCAACCAAAGUGUUCGACAAAAUGCCUGAGAGAAGCUUGGUGUCCUGGAACGCGAUCAUCGAUGCGCUUGUGCUGGCGGGAGAGUUCUACAAAGCGUUGCGAAUGUUCGUGGAGAUGAUGCCGUCGUUUGAGCCGGACGGGUACACGGUGCAAAGUGUGAUCAACGCCUGCACCGGUUUGGGGGCAUUAUCCAUGGGCAUGUGGCUGCACGCAUAUCUACUGAAAAAGUGUGAGAUUGAUCCUAAAUUCGAUAUCCUGGUGAAUAAUUCUUUGAUAGAGAUGUACUACAAAUGCGGUUCGAUGAGAAUGGCUCUUCAAGUUCUUCAAUCGAUGCGCAGACGCGACGUGAACUCGUGGAACGCGGCAAUUUUAGGUCUCGCAGUACAUGGAGAGGCAGAGAGAGUGUUUGAACACUUUGAUCGGAUGAUCAGCGAAGACAAACUCCGGCCUAACUCCAUCACCUUCGUCGGCGUGUUGAGCGCCUGCAAUCACAGAGGCUUGGUUAACGAGGGCCGUAGAUACUUCGAUUUGAUGUCGAGCAAGUACAAAGUGGAGCCGGUCUUGCAGCACUACGGCUGCCUGGUCGACCUCCUUGCACGCAGUGGGCGUAUAGAUGAAGCAGUCGACAUCGUGUCGAGCAUGCCGGUAAAGCCGGAUGAUGUGAUCUGGAGAAGUCUUCUUGAUGCUAGCUGCAAGCAAGGUGAAGGGAUUGAUAUGAGCCAGGAAAUGGCGAAGCGUCUAAUGGAAGGCGAGAGAGGCUCGAGCAGCGGGGCUUAUGUUCUACUUUCGAGAGUGUUUGCGUCUGCCAACCGGUGGGAUGAAGUGGGAUUGAUCAGGAAACUGAUGAUGGAUGAGAAUGAUGGUAAAGAACCUGGCUGUAGCUCAGUCGAGGUUGAUGGGGUCGUUCACAAGUUUUUCGCAGGAGACACGACGCAUCCACGGAGCAGAGAGAUUUACCAAUUCUUGAGGUGGAUGGAGGAGAGAGUGAAGAUGGCAGGGUACGUUCAUGACUUGUCGCAAGCGCCUUUGGUCGACGAGGCUCGAGACAGGAAGGGGGAUUCUCUCGGACUGCACAGCGAGAGGCUGGCGAUUGCUUUCGCGCUGCUGCACUUGAAGUCGAGGGCUGCGCCUAUACGCGUAUUCAAGAAUCUGCGCGUCUGCAACGACUGCCAUAAUUUUAUCAAAUUGAUCUCCAAAGUUAUGAAUGUGGAGAUUGUCAUGAGAGACCGCCUUCGUUUCCAUUGUUUCAGGAAUGGUUCUUGUUCUUGCUUGGAUUUCUGGUAAUGUUUUCAUUACUUCACGUUUUGUUAACUACUUGUAUCAUAAGAUUCAUGACCCAAUAAAAUUAUAAACAAUCAUUCCACACCA